AUGGUGGAUUUUGGAGAGAUUCUGAAAACUAUCGGUGACUUCGGAGUCUUCCAGAAAGUCGUCCUUUUAGCGUUAACCCUCCCGAAUAUCUUGCUGCCCAUCUUCUUCAGCAGUUUUAUUUUUAUCCAGUCUGAUCCAGAGCGACACUGUAACACAGACUGGAUCCUUCAGGCUGACUCUAACCUGACCACAGAUGAGCAGCUGAACCUGACUCUGCCCCGGGAGGAGGAUGGGACCUUCAGCAGGUGUCAGAUGUUUGUUCCUGUGGACUGGGACAUUGGAGACAUCAGGGAGUACGGACUCAAUGAGACCACAGGGUGCCACAAUGGAUGGGUCUAUGGCAACAGCCUGUAUGAGGCCACCAUAGUCACUGAUUUUGAUCUCGUGUGUGAGCGCUCAAAGUUGGCUGAAGUUGUGCAGACCGUCUUCAUGGGCGGGUUACUCGUUGGUUCAUUUCUCUUUGGACCGACGGCUGAAUCGUACGGCCGCAGGAGAACCACCCAGUUACCGAUUGUCAUCAUGCUGAUAACCGCCAUAGUUUCUGGUUUGUCUCCAAACGUCUACGUUUACAUAGUGGCACAGUUCCUUAUUGCAGUUGCACUCGGAGGAUACCGAAUCAACUCCACUGUAUUAGCUACAGAGUGGAUUGGGAUCAGCAGAAGGUCCUUCGCCUCCUGUAUGGGCCAGAUGUUUGCAGCUGUGGGACAGUGUGUCAUGGCCGGUCUGGUCUACGUUAUCCGUGACUGGAGGAAAGCUCAGUAUGUGAUCGCAGGAGGUCAGGCCUUAGUAGUGUUGUACUCAUGGUGGAUUCCUGAAUCUGCCAGGUGGUUGCUUGGACAGGGAAGAACUGAGGAAGCAAAUAAAUUGAUACACAAAGUUGCAGCAAUCAAUAAAAAGAAAAUCCCAGAUAAUAUGUUAGACGAGGUAACUGAAAAACAAGAAGUCCAACGUGGAAGAAUCAAAGACAUUUUUACCUCGACAGUCCUGAUGAAAUAUUUGUUCAUUAUAUCCAUUGCUUGGUUUUCAUUGAAUCUCGGCUACUUCUGCCUGAUUCUGAGUGUGGGGAAGCUCCGUCUGGACAUCUUCCUGGUCCAGUUCCUGUUCGGUAUCACCGAGGCCCCGGCCCAUCUGGUCUGUAUCUGGGUCCUGGAGCUGAUCGGGAGGAAGAGGUCUCUGAUAAUGACCCUGGUGGCCGGCAGCUCUGUGUGCCUCGUAGCCCUGGCGUUCCCUCAAGACAGCGCUGUUGUUAUCACGGCCCUUUUUACCAUCGGGAAGUUCUUCUUUAACUGGGGCGGCUCAGUGUGUAUGGUUUACAUCCAGGAGCUGUUUCCCACUUCUAUCAGGCAAACAGCUGUUGGUAUUGGCUCCAUCGGCCAAAGAGCAGCCGGCCUGCUGUGUCCGUGGCUCAACCUGCUGUCCGUGUACCACUGGUCCGUACCCGUAGCCGUCUUCAGCAGCCUGAACAUGAUUAGUGGAGUUCUGGCCCUCCUGCUGCCUGAGACCACCAGACUAGAGCUUCCUGAUUCAACUAAUAAUGCUGAGGGCAACAGGAAAAUGCCCACCAGUGACUCCAACAUGGUCGACAGCAGAAAAUCCACCAGACUCUAGUCACAAUAUAGUGUUUUUUAAUGAUAUUUUUUUGUUGUUUGUAAUAUGAGCUAUAUGUAUAUUCUGC